AUGCCUGAAUAUAAAUAUAAAGUAUUUGUAAAUGCUCGUUUUGACGUUGUUUGGCAAAAUCUUUUGGAUAAAAUUGAACAUCCUGAAAAAUAUGUUCAAGGAAUUCGUCAUGUUGAAAUAUUAGAAAAUGAAAGUGAUCAUGUUUUAAGAAUAAUUCAUUUUGAAAAUGAUAAAUGGGAAUCAUUAAAAGAAUUAAUUGUUGCUGAUAAAACAAGUGGAAUAAUUGUUUAUCGUUUAAUUGAUCAUCCAUAUUUAGAAGGUGAAACAAUAAAUAUUUGUCGAUCAACAAAUCAAGUUUUUCAAUCUGAAUUAGAAUAUGAAAUUAAUUGGAAAUUAAAAGAUAAAAAUGCAUAUGAAUCAAAUGAAAAUAUAAAUAUAGCUGAACAAGCUUUACAAUUAGCUGUUAAUGAAAUGAAAAGAAUUUCUGAAGAAUCUGAAGCUAAUUAUCAAUAA